UUGUAUUUGUGUGGAAAAUCUGUUUGACUGAGGGUCGCCCGAAUGGUAUAAAUAUUAGCUCAUUACAGUCCAGCAGCCACUCGCAGUUCUACAGCGAAAGUGUUGCUAUACAAGUUUACAGUUUUUCCUUCUUAACAGAACGUAAAACAGAUCAGUCGCCAGGAUGUGUGAUGAUGAAGUUGCCGCAUUGGUCGUGGACAAUGGUUCCGGUAUGUGCAAGGCUGGCUUUGCCGGCGAUGAUGCGCCCCGUGCCGUCUUCCCAUCGAUUGUAGGUCGUCCACGCCAUCAGGGUGUUAUGGUGGGCAUGGGCCAGAAGGAUUCCUAUGUGGGCGAUGAGGCGCAGUCCAAGAGAGGUAUCCUCACACUGAAAUAUCCCAUUGAGCAUGGCAUCAUCACCAACUGGGAUGACAUGGAGAAGAUCUGGCAUCACACUUUCUACAAUGAAUUGCGUGUCGCACCCGAGGAGCACCCGGUGCUGCUCACUGAGGCCCCACUCAAUCCCAAGGCGAACCGUGAAAAGAUGACUCAGAUCAUGUUUGAAACAUUCAACGCACCCGCCAUGUAUGUGGCCAUCCAGGCUGUGCUCUCCCUGUACGCCUCCGGUCGUACCACCGGUAUUGUGCUUGACUCCGGCGAUGGUGUUUCCCACACCGUGCCCAUCUAUGAAGGUUAUGCCCUGCCCCAUGCCAUACUGCGUCUGGAUUUGGCUGGUCGCGAUUUGACCGACUAUCUGAUGAAGAUCUUGACCGAGCGUGGCUACUCGUUCACCACCACCGCUGAGCGUGAAAUUGUGCGCGACAUCAAGGAGAAGCUGUGCUAUGUUGCCCUGGACUUUGAGCAGGAAAUGGCCACCGCUGCUGCGUCCACAUCGCUGGAGAAGUCCUAUGAGUUGCCUGAUGGUCAGGUCAUUACCAUUGGCAAUGAGCGCUUCCGUUGCCCAGAGUCCCUGUUCCAGCCCUCGUUCUUGGGCAUGGAAUCCUGCGGCAUUCAUGAGACCGUCUACAACUCGAUCAUGAAGUGCGACGUGGAUAUCCGUAAGGAUCUGUAUGCCAACAUUGUCAUGUCCGGUGGCACCACCAUGUAUCCAGGUAUUGCCGAUCGUAUGCAAAAGGAAAUCACUGCCCUGGCGCCAUCCACCAUCAAGAUUAAGAUCAUUGCACCACCUGAGCGCAAAUACUCCGUCUGGAUCGGUGGCUCCAUUUUGGCCUCCCUCUCCACCUUCCAGCAGAUGUGGAUCUCCAAGCAGGAGUACGACGAAUCCGGCCCAGGCAUUGUCCACCGCAAGUGCUUCUAAGCACACACAUGCACACAGCAAACGCACACACACACACACAACAAACAACUGGCGUCGCUGACCUGGCGCCUAGAGCUUAAUAAUGAUUAAUUUUAAGUCAAAACCUCUUGCUGCCCUGCCAACCAGACGGACAUAGAAGCCAUUUAUCGACCAAUCAGACAGCAAUGGAAUGUAUUAUAUUUAUAUUAAUAUUUAUUGGAAGUGUCGCAGAUGACGAAUGGAGAAAUUGAGAAAAAACAAACAACAUAUAAAAAAAAAACAAAAACAAACAAUCGAAAUUUUACAGUCUUACAAAUAAAUAGCAUCCAUUUUAAAGUA